AUGCAGAAAAUAUUCCGAUCACUAAAGUUAAGUUAUGAUGCCAAUACUAAGUUGUGGAAUUUUUCAAUUGAUGACUAUGAGGAACUUAUGACUAAAAUUACACCCUUAGCUCCACAUGUCGUUCUUGGUGCAUUACCCUCAUAUGUGCUUAAGGUCCUCAAAGAACAGCAGGUUGAUCCAAAUAGUAUUGAUAUAACUCCUAUAGAACCAACUCUAAGGAACCAACUUAUGCCCUUUCAGGAGCAAGGGGUCAGAUUUGCCAUAGCUCAUGGCGGUAGAUGUAUGAUUGCCGAUGACAUGGGACUUGGCAAGACCUUCCAAGCCUUGGCUGUCGCAAGUUACUACAGAUUGAAUUGGCCAUUGCUUAUCGUCACAACAUCUUCUAUGAGGGAGACAUGGCAGAGCAAAAUCCAUGAACUACUACCAUCUGUUCCAAUGAUGAAUAUUGCAACCCUUAGCAGUAGUAAGGACACUCAGUUAGUAGCAGACCGUCAGACCGAGGUGGUGAUAGUAAGCUAUAAGAUCACAAGCAUGCACACAGAUGUUUUGAAGGAUAAAAAGUUUGGAGUUGUUAUUGUUGACGAGUCGCACCAGCUGAAGUCCUCACGGGCCCGCUGCACCGGCGCCCUGGGGGCGGUGGCCAAGAGGGCGUCCAGGGUGCUUUUGCUGAGCGGCACCCCGGCCCUCAGCCGCCCGGCGGAGCUGUUCACGCAGCUGGCGCUCAUCAGGCCAGGGCUCUUCGCGUCCUACACGGAGUACGGUAAGAGAUAUUGCGCUGGCAGACAGACAAACUUCGGUUGGGACAUGACUGGGCAGUCGAACCUAACGGAGCUGCAGAUCAUACUGCGGAAGAAGUUCCUCAUCAGGCGGACUAAGGAACAGGUCCUUACAUCAUUGGGGGCCAAAACGAGGGAGUCGGUGCUGCUGGACCAGUCGCUGCUGCAGUUCACCCAGGAGGAGCGCAAGGGCCUCUCGCAGAUGGCGGAGACCCUGCGGGGGUCCAGAUCCUCGGAGAGGCACGCGGCCCUGCUCACCUUCUUCAGCGAGUCCGCCAGGGCCAAGAUACCCGCCGUCUGCAAAUACAUCAAGCAGCUCCUGAGGGAUGAGUCGACGGGCAAGUUCCUCGUGUUCGCGCACCACAGGAACGUGAUCGACGCCAUAUGCCUCACGCUGGACGAAGCCGGCACGCCCUACGUCAGCAUAGUGGGUUCGACCCCGACGCACACUCGCGCCGAGCUGGUGGAGCGCUUCCAGCUGCAGGAGAGCUGCCGCUGCGCAGUGCUCUCGCUGACGGCAGCCAGCUCGGGCCUGACCCUCACCGCGGCGCGGCUCGUGCUCUUCGCCGAGCUGCAUUGGAACCCUGGGGUGCUGACGCAGGCGGAGAGCAGGGCGCACCGUCUGGGCGUGGCGGGCUCUGUCUGCGCCCGUUACCUGCUGGCCAAAGGCACCGCCGACGACCACAUGUGGCCCCUGCUCCAGGAUAAGCUCAACGUGCUUAACGAUGUCGGUCUAAGCGGAGAGACGUUCGAGGAUACAACUAUGACGCAUCAGGAGAGCAAAAAUAUAUCGCAUUAUUUGACGCCUAAGUGCUUCAAAAACAGGAACGACUAUAUUCCCGGUACGAACAUAAGGAAGGUUCCGUUGCGACCGCAAAUCGCUGAUGCAAACGACGAAAACGCCAAACCCGAUACUUCAGCUGCCUGCAUCGCAAUGGAUGGGGAUUUCAGAGUCGACGAUAUAGAGAAAUCCUUCCUAGAAAACGACGAGGAUGACGAACUAAUGGCCAAUUUGGAUUUA